GAAAUAACGAGCGCUCACAUCGGUUGCCAGAGGCAAGUACUAUAGUGCUUGUCGGUUUUGAAAAUCGAAAGUUCACACUGCCAUUUUAAUGCCCCCUUCUCUGCAGUUUGCUCUUGAUGUGAAACAUGCAUCAUUUUCGGCUGCUAACAUUCAAAGUUUACUCUACCUAGUGGAGCUCUUCCUAGCAGCGAACACCUUUUGUCAUUAUCCUUCGCUAUUUAAUUUCGCCUCAACCGCUAUUUCAUCUUCAAUAAAAGUUUUCCUUGUAUAAUCUGUGCGAUCCACCUAUCUUCUUUUCCCGAAGACCUAAAGAACCUCCUGGAAAUAGUAAAUAAAUCCAUUUCUUUUUCUUUUUGCAUCGCGCUUGCCGCCGAAUUGAUUUCAACUGCUAAACUAUCUAAAAAAGAACAUCAGCAUGUCGAGCGCACCCGCAGGCCAGCCGACCAAGCCUGGCUCUCCGCCGCGAACGCACCAGCACCUGUCGGUAGACCACAACGUCCCGGCCCGCCACAGCAAUGUAUCGGCAGGCGGAUCCGCGGCUGAGAGUGUAGGAUUGUCGUUUCAGCGUCACGGGCGCCACGGCGGGUGUCCGGUCUCCAUCACGGGGCCGACCCGCUUGGAGCGCGAUCUGAUCGGCGAGCGCGAAGUGCCCGUCGGCGCCUACUACGGCGUGCAAACCCUGCGUGCGGUGGAUAACUACCAGAUCACCGGUAUGCUGCUGCGGCAGUUCCCCUCGUUUAUCACUGCAUUUGCGCAGGUGAAAAAGUCCUGUGCGCUGGCCAACCAUCGCCUCGGUGGGCUUGACAAAAAAAUCAUGGUCGCGAUCGUGCAGGCCUGCGACGAGCUCAUCGAGGACCCGGACCACUAUCCUAGAGAAAAGCAUACCUACUCCUACACCAGAAAAAAUUGAAUUUGUGUUUCGCUGUUCUCCCGUCCCGAUAGCCUUUUCUUGCAAUGCUGAGCCACUAGCGAGGCAAUUUAUUUCUGUGGUCAUACUGUUGUAAUUAAAAUAAAAGAUGGAGAGUGUAAAGAUGCGGACCUGUAGCUGGAGUCAUCAAGUAGUCCAGGACUUGAAAUAAAAUUCGUCACGUUCUUGAAAAGCCGGCAAAAAGAGACCAUUCUUUGUGACCACACUUGAGACAGCUGCAAAUCGCAAAUAAGUAUUUUUGAAUAUUGCUGGGUGUUGUGCUUUUCUGCAGGAUAAGCGGUACGAGGAGAAGGAGCCCGAGAAGGCGGACAUCAUGCGGAACCUGCGGUACAGUUUCGUGGUAGACAUGGUGCUAUGCAUUGCAAAAGUAUCGUACUAGUAGAAAUAGCAUCACAAAUUUUUCCAGAAGGAAAAAUGGAAUUUGUAAUGCUGAAUAAGCUAAGGAACGAACCAGACUUGUCAUGCAUGACUGCAAUGACUAGGAGUACGAUACUUUUGCACAGGAUAGGUGCAAGGCGGCGCCGGGACGUCCACCAACAUGAACGCCAACGAGGUGAUUGCGAACCGGGCCCUGGAAAUCAUGGGCAAGAAGAAGGGCGACUACCAGUUCUGCCACCCGAAUGACCACGUGAACAAGGCCCAGUCGACCAACGACACGUACCCAACCAGCGCCAAGAUUGCCAUCCACCACAUGCACAAGCAUUUAGUGAAGUCCAUGGAGCAGCUGCGGCAGUCCUUUUUGAACAAGGCCGAAGAAUUUUGCAGCGUCGUGAAGAUGGGCCGCACCCAGCUGCAGGACGCCGUGCCGAUGACGCUGGGCCAGGAGUUUAACGGCUACGCCACGACGAUUGGGUACGACUUGGAAGAGGUCACCAAGGGCGUGGACCGGUUCUGCUUCUGCAACCUGGGCGGCACGGCGAUCGGCACGAAGAUUGCCGCGGACCCGCGAUUCAGCGAGACCGCCGUCGAGGAGCUGAAGCGGGUGACCGGGCUCCCCAUCCAGCUCGCCCCGGACCUGAUCGAGGCCAGCAGCUCCGUGGGCGCCAUGCUGUUCUUCAGCGGGAUCCUCCGCCGCGUGGCGGUCAAGAUCUCCAAGAUCUGCAACGACCUGCGGCUGCUCGCGUCCGGGCCCCGGUGCGGCUUCAACGAAAUCCACCUCCCGGACAUGGCGCCCGGGAGCAGCAUCAUGCCGGGCAAGGUGAACCCGGUGAUCCCGGAGGUGAUGAGCAUGUGCUCGUUCCAGGUGAUUGGCAUGGACAACACGGUGGUGAUGGCGUCCGAGGCCGGGCAGCUCGAGCUGAACGUGUUCGAACCCGUGAUCAUACACUCCAUCUUCAUGAUGAUGCAGGUGCUCAGCAAGGGCAUGGACACGCUGCGCCUCCGGUGUGUGGACGGCAUCGGCGCCAACGAGGACCGCUGCCGGGAGCUGGUGCACAACUCCAUCGGGAUCGUCACGUCCCUGCUGCCCACCAUCGGCUACAAGAACGCCUCCCUGGUGGCGAAGACGGCGCUGAAGGAAAACCGGGCUGUCGGCGAAGUCGUGGUGGAGAAGGGAUUUCUGAACAAGUCCCAGGUGGACGAAAUUUUACAGCCGGAGAAGAUGUGCGGCAUAUCCUCACCGCACAUGCGGCGGCAGCACGCCACCGAGUCGCUGCACUCCCCCGAUGUCCGCCGCAGGAGCCACCACUCGCCCAGCAUGCCUCUAUCGAACGCAAACAAUAUUACCUCCGUCAUUCUCGAAAGCGAAUCAACUUUAAUAUCAUGCGGACGUUAUUUCAUUCUUGAUGUUUUUUUCGCUGAAAAUUCAAAAAUGCAACAUGAACAUGAUCAAACCAUAAUCCCGUGCUUGAACGUCCAAUUAUGACAACUGCAUGAGCGCUUCCGCUUUCUUAUUGUCAUGAUCAAGUGUUUCUUUUCAACGAGAAUCCUAACAACCCGGAGUGACGGAGUGAUAUUUGCAUCGCAUAGCCACCGAAAACGAGCAACAGCGGGGACGCCGGGGCGACUUUUCCUGUCAUGCCUGCGCUACAACUGGCAGGAUCCGCCUCGUCUCCAAGAGAAGCUGCCUCGCAAAAUGUCACACCUGCUUCUUCGCUGCAGCCGCCAGACGCAAAACGGCGCAAGAUGUAGAAGCACCAGUUGAUGAAAAAGUUAAAGUAGACUUAGGUGAUCCACACCGAUAGCACUAACAGCCCCCAGCAGUUUGCGUACUUACUCCAUGUCAUUCACAUACUUUUUUAAACGCAUUUGUUGUGGUCUAUACGUUUGCAUUUGAGGUGCCUGCCUUCGUUUAUUGAAACUCGUUUCGCGCUACUUUCUACUGCCACCUGUUUGCAUAUCAACUAGUGGACAGAGCUUUUUUCGUUUUUCAGAACAGGAAAAGGGAUAGCCUCGUACCUACGUGGUCCAGAGUGUGCCAUAUCGAGGUUGCCUUGAUUCCUUUUGUGUUAAUUUCCAGCGCUGUUAGGACAAUUCAUCUUGACGUGUAUUUCACAUCAAGAGACGCGUCCAUUUUUAGCAUUCGCAGAUUCUGUUUUCUGCGCAGUGACAAACCACACCAAAAAGAGUCUAUGGUUAAG